CAUAUUUUGAACAGACCGACGUCUCGCUAUGAAAAGAGGAAGUCGCGACGAGCGUGUUUUGUGCUCUGCUGUAAAGCGCGUAAUACGGGCGCAAGACGUUUUUGAAGCGCGGCUGAACGACGGAUGAACGAACGACGGCUCACUUGACCGCAGUGUUUGUGGGAGGGUUCGGUAAAAGUGAAAGUGAAAGUAAGAGAACACGAAGCUGCUGUCGCUCGUUGUUCAGACGAUCAGACAAACAGGACGCAUCCGAACCUGCUAAACAUGGACGAGGGACAAUUAGACGGUGAGAACCUCAAAUAUUCACUAAUAAAUGUUCCCUCAUAUUUUGCUUUUGAAGCAACCAGAUGAUCAGUGUUUAUUUACUAAGACAUAAACUACCAGCAGGUGGCGCUAAAGACACCAGUCCUGUUACAGUAAUUAGCUUUCCCAACAUAGCAUCCUUCAGGAGAUGACAGAUGAUUGAGUCAGACUUUAAAAUCACACACUGAAGGUUCACACAUCAUCAGCCUUUGGUUCAGACACGACUCAGAAAGUGAAAAUACAAGGAGCAUCUUAUCUGCAGUAAAAACUCUGAAGUAGAUGGCGACACUGAAGAUUCAUUUGCUGAACGUCAUGGCUAUGAGAUAGUUAGUGUGAAUGAGGCGCAGGACAAUGUAACUGGUAAGAAAUGCCAGGUACGUUGUACCAAUUUUUGGCCAAUUUGGUGUUUGGACUAAGAAUGGAAAUAUUGCUUUCUUGUUUUAACUUCUUUCUUGAGAUUCAAAAUCAUGCUAUACAUGAGUCAUGCUGUUUAUUUAUUCACAGAGUCAUGGAACAGCUUUGACGGAGUCACAGAACAGGCCUGAAAAGAAGCCUCAUGCAGAACCUAAGGAUGAAGACCACGCUGAGAAGAUCUGUGAUGAAGAUGAGCACUUUGUGAAUGUGGAAAAACCCUCUGAUAAACCUUCCAUUCUGGUGGUGAUGCAUCACACCUUUAAUUCUGACCACGUUGUAGCUGGAAGCAGGAGACUGGUGACCAAGCCAAACGUCCUGCUCACUGUGGACUGUUUGUUCUAUGAGGGUCACUUCCUGAAGUGUGAACGUAACAAUGCUGCCUGGGAUGAAGUUAAGAAGAAGCUCGAAGUUUAUGAUAAUCAGAAAGUCACCCUUAAGGCUUCACAGACUCUUUUUUAUAUUUUCUUGGCUGGAAAAACUAACGGGGCUCAUCGUGACUUUGUGAAGAAGCUUGAAGCUGUUGGACACACUGAGACGUCGUCUCCUGAAGGAUGUGACUACAUUGUGCGUUUCUGUCCUGUGGCUUCACGAGUUGGAACAGACGUCAACGCAGCCCUGAACAAAAUCCCUGAUCCGGCAGCGAGUGAGACGGUUAAGCUGGCGGUUUCCUGCCGGGUGGCUGGAAGUAGAUGGGUGAUCAGGCCCGUUCUCUGUGGUGACGUCAACGGUUCAGCUGCUGGCUGCGGUGGAGGCUCCAGGCGUGCCGGUGCAGGGGAAAGCUCCAGGUGGUCGGCGAGAACAAGGGUCUACAGGGGACUCCAGGUAGAGAGGACAAGGGCUGGAGAGAACAAGGAACAGAAAGAACAAGGGGCAAGUCUUUGGUCACGGCAGCUUUUUAUAUCUGUGUUUGUGGUCACCCCCGUCCUAUUGUUUGGUCCAAUCAUGAUGGCUGACUUCCAAGUUCCUCCUCUGUUUGUCGCUUGUAUCAGCGGGAGUUCGGACGUCUCAGCGGGGGAGCCAGUGUCAUGGAACAUGUCUGACCAGUUGGUGGGAAAUAAGGAGCCUCCUGUCUGUGUUAAAAAUGAUGCUGGGAAUAAAAACUGUGCAAUACGUCCAUCAGUUGGUAAAGACUGCAGUGAGGCCCAGAACAAAAUGCCUGUUCUUGGGAAUAAGUUUGCUGUCAUCUUGGCUGGAAAAACUAACAAAGCUCAUCGUGACUUUGUGAAGAAGCUUGAAGCCGUCGGUCAAACUGAGGUGUCGUCUCCUGAAGGAUGUGACUACGUCGUGUGUUUCUGUCCUGUGGCUUCACGAGUUGGAACAGACGUCAGUGAGGCUCUGGACAGAAUCCCUGCUGAUAAACCAUCCAUUCUGGUGGUGAUGCAUCACACCUUCAACCAUGACCACGUUGUAGCUGAAAGCAGGAGACUGGUGACCAAGUCCAACGUCCACCUCACGCUGGACUGUUUGUUCAAUGGGCGUCACUUCCUGGAUUGUAAACGUAACGAUGCUGCGUGGGAUGAAGUCAAGAAGAAACUCGGAGUUUAUGAUAAUGAGGAACUUUCCUUAAGUUGGAGUCUCUUGAAUUGGAUUGGCUUCAGGCUUCUACUGGCUUUAGUUUUGGAAGCCAGCUGCUGCAAAUCAACAACUGACUCACGGAACAGGCCUGAAAAGAAGCCUCAUGCAGAACCUAAUGAUGAGGAUCCUGAUGUUAAAAGGUCCAAAGUAGAAGAACACGCUCAGACGAGUGAUAAAGAUGAGGACUUUGUGAAUGUGGAAAAACCCUGGAGAACAUUUUUUGUCGUCUCUGCUGGAAAAACCAACGGAGCUCAUCGUGACUUUGUGAAGAAGCUUGAAGCCGUCGGUCAAACUGAGGCGUCGUCUCCUGAAGGAUGUGACUACGUCGUGUGUUUCUGUCCUGUGGCUUCACGAGUUGGAACAGACGUCAGUGAGGCUCUAGACAGAAUCCCUGCUGAUAAACCAUCCAUUCUGGUGGUGAUGCAUCACACCUUCAACCAUGACCACGUUGUAGCUGAAAGCAGGAGACUGGUGACCAAGUCCAACGUCCACCUCACGCUGGACUGUUUGUUCAAUGGGCGUCACUUCCUGGAUUGUAAACGUAACGAUGCUGCGUGGGAUGAAGUCAAGAAGAAACUCGGAGUUUAUGAUAAUGAGGAACUUUCCUUAAGUUGGAGUCUCUUGAAUUGGAUUGGCUUCAGGCUUCUACUGGCUUUAGUUUUGGAAGCCAGCUGCUGCAAAUCAACAACUGCAUCCAAGUCUGCUACAGAUCAGGCUCCAGUGUUAAAGUCUGCUACAGAUCAGGAUCAAGCUUCCGAAUCUGUUCCACAUCAGGAUCAAGCUUCAGAAUCUGUUCCACAUCAGGAUCAAGCUUCAGAAUCUGUUACACAUCAGGAUCAAGCUUCAGAAUCUGUUCCACAUCAGGAUCAAGCUUCCAAGUGACUUCACUUUGUCAUUGUCAAAUCAAAGUUCUGUUAAACGGCUUCUAUCUAAAAUGGAUAAAAUUAAGUAAUUUUAUUAGCUCAUUUUUGUUUUUUGUCUUUUUUCUAAAACUUUUUUCUCCAGUAAUUUAAGUAACCAGUGUGGAGGUUGCAGUGUUAAAGUGCAGGUGUUCCUAUUGAUUAUUCUAUAUAUAACACAGUGUUUUAGUGUUUUAGCUAAAUACAUUUUGCGAUAAAGACAAGUUUGCAUUAACAUUUUGUUGUAGAAGUUCCCACUAGGCUCAAUGAGUCUGCUGGUUUCAUCUGAACAUAGAUCUUGAAGUUUAGUAGUUUAGUUACAGCAUUUUCAAACAAAAACCAAGAAUAAAUCAAUGACUAAUAACUCUGGUACAGUAUUAAUGUUGGAUCAUAGUGUCUGACAUUAAUAACAUACCACAUGGCCUGUUGUUGUUUAUUGACUGGUCCAAUCACUGAUUUACUCUGUAGAGGUGAACCUCAAAGUUUAUUUAACUGGAAUUAAACAUAUUGUUACUUUU